UAGAAGUGACUCAAAAACAAUAUCGGAUGGCUCAACGUGUAAAAACGUCCACUCCUAAGCAUCAGAAGACAUACAAAGUGGAUCGCUCAGCAGAAUUGACACGCUCAACUUCUCCUGACAACACCGAUCAAGAGAUAUCUUCUUUGACGGAUCUCCCCAAUGAAGAUAAAAGUCCUCGAGAUUACAUCUCACCUGGAGAAGAGAAAGUCACAUCAACAUUUACUGAAUCUUACGCGGCUGCUACCACCACGGAUUAUGGGUCUUUGAGCCUGGGAGAGGUGCCUGUUGCUGGAGUUAAAAAGCUAUCUGAUUUAGAAAUGAGAGAUAAACACCCUGAUUCGAUUGAGAUAUCGAAAACGUCCAACAAGAUGGAAGAAGCUCUUCGGGCUAUAAGCGAAGAACUGUUACGGUGUAGGGUACUGCUGCAAGGUCAACUUCCUGCACAGGUGAUACCCGACUUAAUCUCUAGCUAUAGAGCUGUUAGAAACUAAAAUAUACAUAGAAAAUAUAUACAUAGAUUAUAUUCUAUGACUAAAAACCGAAACGCCAAUUGGCACUUUAAAAUUUUUCGUAUCAGUCUAACCUUAAUUGUAUCAUUUCUUUAUGAUAAUUAGUAGUGUCGUUGCUAGUCAUUCCUUAAUGCAUUGGACAUUAUCAUCAACAGCUUUUACUGAUGAUUCCUUUUCAAGAGCGCGUUCGCAUACACCGUCCUCCAUUAUUGUUAUCCGACUAACACAUAUUUUUUAAGGUCGUUGAGUCAUUCAGUAUUUUCCUAAAUCCCCCUUAGAUAAAAAUUCUGUGAAUUUAAAAGUCAACAUUUAUCCCAUGUACUUUAGACGAUACCUAAAAACUGUUUCCUUUCAUCAUAUUUUAAUUUUUUAAUGAAAUCAUCUUCUGUAUCAAUCAACAGCAAACGACCUUUAUUUAAAUCAAUUCAUUUCGAUUGAUUGCUAUUCCACUGCUCUAUUCCUUUAAUAUUGUGAUGAACGCUUAAAAAUACAUAAGUACCUGAGAUCAAUUCCAAUUUAUCCAAUGAAUCGUAAGGAUUAGGUCUAAAUAUAGAAUUCUAGGUCAACAUUAUUAUCUCCGUACAAAAUAUAUUUAUUAUUAAUAAAAAUAUAUUAUGCUUAUUUAUAUACAUUUUUUACAUGUACUGUGAGUGUUUUUGCGUAUUCGGUAUAGUGUGUGUUGUAGCAUAAACGAGUUACUAUUAAUUAAACUUAUUGUUAAUUACGCCUUUGAGGCAUUAGAAAUUACGUUGGUUGUCUACAAAGUGUUCUCAUAUUUACGUAAGAUUUUUGUUUAGAGGAUAAUUAACUAAAAUCUCAAUUAUAAUGUAUAUCGUAAUAUUGUGCUCUGUUAUGUGUGUCGUCCUACUUUGUUCUGUAAUUUCAUUGCAAUUGGUAAAUGUUCCUGUAUUCAUAUUUCUUUGUAUAAUUAAAAUGUAUACGCUAUUUACAAGCACCUUAUU